AUGAACUUUUGUGUUACCCCUCCAACCAUCCCCAUAAAUGAAAUCAUCGCUUCCACAGAACAGGUUUGCUACCAAUUAGAGGAUAAAUCGGCCGCUGAAAGUUUAAGGGGAGAAGUUGUAAAGAUUCUAAAAAGUGCCACCAAACCUAAAAGCAACAUCACCACCAAGGAAAGAGAUGCCUUGCGUGACUUAGGUAAACGGAAAGACAUUGUAAUUCUACCUGCCGAUAAGGGUCGUACUACGGUUGUGAUGAACAAAACUGAGUAUGUAGCCAAGAUGGAUAAGCUCACGAGCGACAGGGAUACCUAUGAACCACUGAAAAAGGACCCAACCAGGCAAGUGAAAACUAGAUUGGUUAACAUCUUAAAGAAAUGGAAGAAGGAAAAUCUUAUCUCAGAUAAACUGUACCAUCAACUAUAUCCCACAUCAGAAAACGUCCCAAAAUUAUAUGGACUACCCAAAAUUCAUAAAAAGGAUGCUCCUUUAAGACCAAUUGUAUCGAGCACAGGAAGCGUAUUGUAUGCAACCGCUAAAUACAUUGCUUCGGUCAUUGGCCCCUUGGCGGGUAAAACGGAACACCACAUAGUUAACUCGGUGGAUUUCGUUCAGAAGAUCAAGGAUCUUGAAGUACCCCAAGGCACGAAAUUGGUAUCCUAUGAUGUCUCAGCACUUUUCACUUCAAUUCCAGUACCUAAAGCACUCACAGUGAUCAAGAACAAAUUGGCUGGAGACACCAAACUCAACGAACGAUCUGAACUCAGUGUUGAACAAGUGACCGAGUUGUUAGACCUCUGCCUUAGUAGCACAUACUUCAUAUACAAUGAACAAUUCUUCCAACAGAAGCAAGGUGCAGCCAUGGGUUCUCCCGUAUCGCCAAUUGUCGCGAACUUAUAUAUGGAGUUUUUUGAGAAGCAGGCAUUUGAAACUGCAAGGAAUCCACCGUCCCUCUGGCUGAGGUACGUGGAUGAUACCAUGACUAAAAUCCAUGAAUACAACAUCCAAGAAUUCACGGACCACAUCAACUCAAUAGACGAACAUAUCAAGUUCACUUCAGAGCAGGAGGAAGAAGGCCGUAUUCCGUUCCUGGACACAUGUGUUCACGUGGCAGACGAUGGGUCGACGAAAACCACGGUUUACAGGAAACCGACGCACACCGACCAGUAUCUAUACUUUCAGUCCAACCACCACCUUGAACACAAACGAUCAGUUGUACGUACCCUACUACACAGAGCCAAAACCCUAAUAACAAAAGAAAAAGACCAGAAAGACGAAAUCGAACAUGUGAAAUCCGCUUUAAGAACCAACGGAUACCCGGAUUGGAUAUUCAGACUACCCAAAAAGAAAGAGAAAACACUAGACAAAGAUAAGGGAACACAAAAGAGACCGACUGCAGGAAUACCUUAUAUCAGGGGCACCUUAGAAGUUUUGGCUAGAGUAUUCAAAAAACAUGGAGCCAACAUCUUCCACAAACCUUUCAAUUCCAUCAGACAGAACCUCACCAAAGUUAAAGACAAAACAGAUAAAAUGAAGAAAUGUGGUGUGAUCUAUCAUGUCCAAUGUGAGGACUGUAAAAAUGACUAUGUAGGUGAAACAGCGAGACAAUUAGACACUAGAUUGAAAGAACACCUUACACGAACUUCUUCUGCCAUAUAUGAACAUUGUAAACAAACAGGUCACAAGAUCGACCCUAACAAAACCAAAGUACUCACCUCCGAAGAACAUCUAUGGAAACGCAAGGUGAAAGAAGCAAUUGAAAUUAAACAGCGGCGGCCAUCACUUAACAGGGACGAGGGACUCGAGCUACCCCGGGUUUAUGACAGUCUCCUCAUGUCACGUGACCCUUCACCGGUCAUGUGA